AUGUCUCUAUUUGACCAGCUUGCUCGUCUAGAACAAGCGACGAGGAAUAUUGAGUUGUACGAAUUUCCCAAUGCUCAUAUGUUUACCAAUGCGAUAGUAAACCACCCACUGAUAACAUCUUUAUUGAAAGAUCCUUCUAAUGAUGAAAAACAUUUGUACAAGAUAAUCAAAAGUAGAAUACCUGGCCAAGUACACGAUAUACUGAAGAUAGAGCGAGUUGAUGGUAGAAAAAGGUAUAUUGAGCAUGACUAUAACGAGGAAAGUUUUUACGACACAAGCUAUGAAUCGCAAGAACAAAACCAUGAAGAUCCAAUUACUCGAUUACCGACAUUACUACCUCCGAGUAACUCUACACAGCAAGUGAAUUUGACCCUGAGCUUAAAUAAUAUCGAUAAUCCUUUACAAAGAAUUGAGCGCCUUCUAUCAAUAAUGACAAAGUAUCCCAAUUUGAUUGUAAAUUAUGAUGAAGUAAAUACAAAACUUCAUCAAUAUCAACAAGAUUACAACAUGGUUAUCAAUGAUAUCGAUGAAAUGGAAAAUGAGAUAGAAGAGUGUAAAAAUGUGCUUAAAAAUGAUUACAAGGUUGCUGUUAGUCCAGUGAAGAAAAGCCGCGAAACGGGAUUGCUAAAAAGUGAGUAUAAUGAUUCUCAAGACCAAUUGAUUGAUCUUGAUAUUUUGAUACAAAAGGAAGAAGAAGAAGUGCGCAAAUUGGAGCAGGAAAUGAAUAAUUGGCACAACAACUAG